UCCAGCACCAUGUUGGUCUCCAUAGUUCUGCUGUGGUUCUGUUUCUGCUUCAUUCUCUUUCAACUUAAAGCUCGGAGACCCAAGAACUUCCCACCAGGACCCCCCAUCCUGCCGGUACUGGGGAACUUCUUUCACCUGGCCUCAAAGAACCCCCUGAAGAACCUUGAAAAGCUCAGACAGACCUAUGGAAAUGUCUACAGUCUGUUCCUUGGUACCAGACCAGCUGUGGUCAUCAGUGGGUUGAAGGCCAUGAAGGAGGCCAUGUUGGUUAAAGCUACAGACUACGCUGGUCGACCUCAAGACAUAUUAAUUGUUGAUGUAGUUCAGCGUAAAGGAGUUAUUUUUGUCGAUUAUGGGCCUGUUUGGAGGGAACAUCGUCGUUUUGCAUUGAUGACUCUGAGAAAUUUUGGUCUGGGAAAGAAAUCCAUGGAGGAGAGAAUUCAUCAAGAGAUUCAGUUCACCRUUAAAACACUGGAAAAGAGCGUUGGUAAAACUCUGAGUCCUCAAAUGAUGUUCCAUAAYGCAGCYUCCAACAUCAUCUGUAARGUUCUGUUUGGAACCCGUUAUGAGUACGAAGAUGAAACCAUCAAAAAGGUUGUUCGAUGGUUCACAGARAUGACUAAAAUAGCCAAUGGACCAUGGGCCAUGCUGUACGACGCAGUUCCAUAUGUUUCUUACCUGCCGCUGCCCUUCAAAAAGAUUUUUAAGAACAUGGAGCUGUACCUCGACUUUUCAAAUGGUUUGAUGAACGAGCACAAGAGGACCAGGACCCCUGGAGAACCUCAAGACUUUGUGGACUGCUACCUGGAUGAACUGGACAAACAGAAAAAAGAUUCUUCAUUUUCGGAGGAACAGCUCAGAAGGAUCACUUUUGAUCUUUAUAGUGCUGGAACUGACACCACCUCCAACACCCUUUUGACUGGGUUUCUGUACCUUAUAGUCCAUCCUCAGGUUCAAGAUCGAUGUCAGCAGGAGAUCGAUCGGGUUCUGGAUGGGAGGGAUCGGGUCAGUUUUGAGGACAGACACAACAUGCCUUACGUGCAGGCUGUGAUCCAUGAAGUCCAGAGGGUUGCCAACACUGUUCCUCUUAGUGUCUUCCACUGCUCCACUAAAGACACAGAGCUGAUGGGAUAUGACAUUCCCAAGGGUACCAUGGUCAUCCAGAACCUGGACUCAGUGCUGAGGGAGGAGGGUCAGUGGAAGUUCCCUCACG